AUGGACAUGUUGCCCGUAGACGACAUGUUGCCCGUAGACAACCCGACACAGCCGUAUUGGCUGUCGGAGCCUCACCCGUUAGCUAGAUUCCGCUCCUCCGAUACCGUCGUCGACGAAACGGACAUUGCCAUCAUCGGCACCGGCAUGGCUGGCGUUUCCACCGCGUACCACAUCCUCAAGCAGUGCAAAUCCGCGACACCCCCGUCAAUUACGCUCCUUGACGCACGCGAUGCCUGCUCCGGUGCGACUGGCCGCAAUGGUGGCCACGUGAAGACGAUACUGGCAUCGAUAAAGAAGUGGUACGAGACACAUGGGGCGGAUGGCGCCGCGGCAAUAGUCGCAUGGGUCGCCGCACAAUGUCGUGGCUUGAAGAAGGUCGUCGAAGAGGAGAGUCUGGAUUGCGAGUUCCUGGUAAGGAGAUCAUACGAUGUUCUCUAUGAUCCCAAUCAGGCGGAAGAGCUCAAGAAAUGGCUUCACGACCGUCGCAAAGAAGGAGUCGAGUGGCUCGAUGAGCUCCAGUGGUUGGAAGGGCCACACCUGGACAGAAUCGUCGGAGCCAAGGGUGCAGUUGCGGCCGUGGGAGGACCAGCCGUGUCACUGUGGCCUUAUAAGCUCGUAAUGGGUCUGCUUUCUCGAGUUGUGGACAAGGGUGCGAGGCUGUAUACCAACACGGCCGUGCACGCCAUCCAUCGCCAGUCCGACACCGUCGAGCUAUCGACGUCUCGCGGUGUCCUGCGCGCGAAGAAGGUCAUAUACGCAACCAACGGCUACACAGCUGGCCUGCUGCCACAAUAUCGAGGCGUCAUCGUGCCCUUUCUCGGCCAGAACUCGAGACUCGUGCCAAACGAGCUGACACUCCGCCGGUGCCCCAACCUAGCGGCUACUUUAAACCUGCACCACAGGGCCGAUUCCGUCGACUACCUCAAUCCUCGCCCGGACGGGUCGAUUACGCACGGGGGCGGCACGCGCAACUACCGGCGGGAUGCGAGCGACCGUAACGCGCGUUGGUUCAACACCGUCGACGACUCCAAGUUGAUCUCGAACGCGGUUGCAGCCGACUUUGAAAGAAUUGAUCGAGAGCGGCUGUACGGCUGGGAGGACAGCCAGGCCAGGGUUGACUCGAUCUGGACGGGGGUCAUGGGCUUAACGCCGGACGGGAUUCCGCAUGUCGGUCGCGUGCCUGGCUCACAAAACGAGUGGCUGCUGGCAGGCUUCAACGGCGGCGGCAUGGUCUUCAUCUUCACCAUGACCCAGGGGCUCGCAGACAUGGUGCUCAACGGCACGCAGCUUGAGCAGACCGCAAUCCCUGUGCUGUUUAAGACGACGGAGGAGCGACUCAAGCAGCAGUGCGACGGCGCUCAGUAA